AAGAUGGCAGCGCCCAUGAACUCGUUCGCAAACUACCGGUAACAGGGACUACUAAUACGGGUGAAGUUUCGCGAGGUCACCAGAUUAUUUUUAUUCCGCAUCGGUAGAGAAAAUGCUGCGAGCUUCGCUCCGAGAGAUAUCUGUAGCACUAAAGGAAGGCCAAGUGAGUCCAACAGAGCUGUGUCAGAAAUGCCUCUCCUUAAUAAAAGCUACCAGAUUUCUUAAUGCUUAUAUCACUGUAGCAGAAGACACAGCAUUAAAACAGGCUGAGGCAUCGGAGAAGAGAUACAGGCAAGGUCAGAUACUGGGGGAUUUGGAUGGAAUUCCUUUUGCAGUGAAAGACAACUUCAGCACAACUGGAAUCGAAACAACAUGUGCAUCCAAGAUGCUAAAAGGUUAUAUCCCCCCUUACAAUGCAACUGUAGUUCAAAAAUUGCUGGAUCAAGGAGCUGUGCUUCUUGGGAAAACAAACCUAGAUGAAUUUGCCAUGGGCUCUGGAAGUACAGAUGGGGCAUUUGGACCAGUUAGAAACCCCUGGAGUUACUCACGACAGUACAGAGAAAAGUGUGUGCAGAAACCCAGUGCUCAAAAUGAAGACACCAGCUGGUUGAUAACAGGAGGAAGCUCUGGAGGCAGUGCUGCUGCCGUAUCGUCUUUCACAUGCUUCACGGCUCUGGGAUCUGAUACAGGAGGAUCCACCAGAAACCCAGCCUCUCAUUGUGGAGUGGUUGGCUUGAAGCCAACGUAUGGCCUGGUUUCCCGUCACGGUCUUAUUCCGCUGGUGAACUCUAUGGAUGUGCCGGGCAUCUUUGCCAGAUGUGUGGACGAUGCAGCCACCGUGUUGGGGGCACUCAGUGGCCAUGAUCCAAAAGAUUCAACCACAGUGCAGGAUCCCGUCCACCCAUUUCAGCUGCCCAAUUUGACAGAUGUGAAGGAUCUUUGCAUAGGCAUACCAAAGGAAUACAACGUACCAGGAUUGUCUAGUCAAACUCUGGCCGUGUGGUCCAAGGCAGCCGACCUCUUUGAGAAAGCUGGCGCCAAAGUGAUUGAUGUCAGACUCCCGCACACCUGUUACUCCAUUGUCUGCUACCAUGUGCUGUGUGCAGCCGAAGUAGCAUCGAACAUGGCCCGAUUUGAUGGCCUGGAGUACGGGCACCGCAGCAGCGCUGACAAGUCCACCGAAGCCUUGUAUGCAGCCACACGCCGGGAAGGCUUUAAUGAUGUUGUAAGGGGAAGAAUUCUAUCAGGAAACUACUUCUUGCUAAAACAGAACUAUGAGAAUUACUUCAUCAAAGCCCAGAAAGUGAGAAGACUCAUUGCCACUGAUUUUGCAAAAGUCUUCCAUUCUGGUGUCGAUAUUUUGCUCACUCCAACAACUAUGAGGCACACUGUACCAUAUGUGGAAUUCAUCAAAGAGGAUAACAGAACCCGCAGCACUCAGGAUGAUAUUUUUACUCAGGCUGCCAACAUGGCUGGGCUACCGGCUGUAAAUGUUCCUUCUGCACUUUCAGAGACAGGCUUACCAAUUGGGCUGCAGUUUAUUGGCCGCGCAUUCCACGAGGAACAGCUUCUCACAGUUGCCAAAUGGUUUGAAAAGCAAGUGCAGUUCCCUGUCUUAGAGCUACAAGGGAUGAUGAAUCAUCUUGACACUGUCUCUCACCAGGAGAAAUCAGCAUUUUUUUCAUGAUGGGUUCAACUAUGCAAUGGGAAAAAAGAUUGCGAAGAAGCUUUUAAUACAGACCUGGUUUAUAAUCGGCUUCCAAUUGCCGUUUGAUUUAGCCCAAGCUCAGUUCUGGCCAAAAAUAAUGUGAUAAAAUUACUAACAUGCUAGCAUGUUGAAAAAUUUGUUUCUUCAAGGAAAAACAAGUUAUUACAGUGUGAUAAAAUGGUGUUUGUUUUCCAUCUAAAAAUGAAUUGCCCGGAGUAGUACUGUCACAUAAGUGUAAUAACUGUGUAUACGAAGCCCAGCCAUUAAUAAGGAAAACUUUAAGUUUUCAUAAUUUCAUCUUACUGAAGAGGAGUUAACACCAAAUAUGAAGUUCAGCAAAUAAAGAUGGAACAAAGCAAUCUCUCUGUGCCGCAAGUCUGAAACACUGUGGAUGCACAUCCUAUUGAUUUCUGUUAUAUUUAUUUCAAAGUAUAGGCUGUAAUUUUCUUACAAAGUAUCUGCAGCUAUCCAGUCUGAUAUAGGAAUCCUGAUACCUGAUAAAGAAUCCUGCUAGUUGUUUAUGGAAUCAGUUUUGUCUCUUCCAUCUGACUUAGCUUUAUGGCAGGGAUGCAAUUGCAGCAGAGACAGUUGCCCCUUUCUUUGAAACCGUUUUGUAAACCAGCAAAACUCCUGGAAGGAAAGAGAACCACAUGCUCCCUAUUCAAUUCUGUGCAAGAACUUUCUAACCAGCUAGCACUGCAUCACUGCAUGCAAAGUUUAUGUCUUCCAGAUUGGCAUGAAAGUCAAAGAGUGGGCUCCCAAUUUUUUUGGGGGGGGCAUGGUUGAUGGGAAAGAUUAUUGCAGAAAGUAUGGAGGCUGCUGCUGUAUGUAGCAACUGCAGGUGAACCAUCUCAAGACACAGAGUUUAUUGGCUUGCUUCAUGAAUAAAAGAUUAUGAUGAGCCCA